AUGGGCUUAAUACUGCCUCAAUAUAUUGAUCCUCCCACGACUAUUCGUGAAGUAGACUACAGAUCAACAUCCACAACGACAAGUACCAUAAGUAGCACAAAUUAUCGUGAAUUUAAUCUACGACCUGAAUGGUAUUCACAUUCUGAAGAUAUUUCAAUUUCAAAUGAUUUAAUUAAUAGAAGAAUUAAAAAAUUUAAAACUUAUGCUUGUAAAAAAUGUAGAACACAUUUAUCAUCUUCACAAGAAAUUAUGUCAAGAGACUAUAGAGGUAAAACAGGUGAUGCAUAUUUAAUGGGAAAUUUGGUUAAUGUUGAGGAAGGUCAACAAGAAACAAGAGUAAUGAUGACAGGAGAAUAUUUAGUUUGUGAUAUUAAUUGUCAAUGGUGUCAUCAGCUUAUUGGUUGGAAAUAUCUUAAAAGUGAUUCAGCUAGUCAAAAAUAUAAAGAAGGACGUUAUAUAAUGGAAUUAAAACCAAUUUGUAUAUGUGAUUGA